CUUCCAUGUAAACAGAAUUUCCGGGUUGGGCAACACACUUGAUCUUCUGCACUUCGACAAACGGCCACAGAGCCCCAUGUACCACCGUUCUACGACGACAGUCAGUUCAUCUGCACCAUGUCAGAAGAUACCGAGGCUAUCGUCAUUGACAACGGAUCCGGGAUGUGUAAGGCCGGCUUUGCUGGGGAUGACGCCCCACGUUGUGUUAUUCCAUCUCUGAUUGGUAAACCAAAGUACGAUACAUGCAUGGUUGGGGGGUUUCCAAAGGAGUACGUUGGAGAUGAAGCACAGAUGAAGCGGGGUGUGCUCAGUAUGAAAUAUCCCAUACACAACGGCAUCGUCACCAACUGGGACGCCAUGGAAGAUAUCUGGCAUCACGUCUACUACAACGACCUCAGAGUAGACACUACGGAACAGCCGGUACUCAUGACGGAGGCGCCCCUGAACCCCAAACGUAACAGAGAGAAAAUGAUGGAGAUUCAGUUCGAGAAAUUCGAAGUCCCAGGCUUCUACGUCAGUAUACAGGCGGUGUUGUCGCUAUACGCCUCGGGUCGUGGCGGUGGGAUUUUGCUGGAUUGUGGAGAUGGUGUCACGCACGCCGUGCCCAUAUAUGAAGGUUACGCUCUGCCACACGCUAUCCGGAGAUUGAAUCUUGCAGGCCACAACAUAACGUCCUACCUCAGCAGGAUUCUACAGGAGAGAGGAUACGACUUGACUAAUACAUCAGCCGAGUUCGAGAUAGUGCGAGACAUCAAGGAGAAACUCUGCUAUGUUCCACUGGACUUCAAGGCGGAGAUGAAAGCAGCUGACGAGUCUUCCGCACUUGAAAAAGAUUACGAGCUUCCAGACGGGAAUGUGGUAACAAUCGGAAACGAGAGGUUCCGUGCUCCAGAGUGUCUGUUCAAUCCAAGAAUGCUGGGCCUGGAGAGUCGAGGUAUCCACAGGAUGAUUAUCAAGACCUUAAAGAAAUGCGAUAUUGACACAGCGUUCUAUGUCAGUAUUCAGGCAGUGUUGUCGCUGUAUGCCUCGGGCCGUGGUAGUGGUAUAGUGCUUGACAGUGGAGAUGGUGUCACGCAUGUCGUGCCCAUAUACGAAGGAUACGCCCUGCGACACGCUAUCCGGAGAAUGAACCUUGCAGGCCACAACAUAACGUCCUACCUCAGGAGGAUUCUACAGGAGAGAGGAUACGACUUGACUAAUACAUCAGCCGAGUUCGAGAUAGUGCGAGACAUCAAGGAGAAACUCUGCUAUGUUCCACUGGACUUCAAGGCGGAGAUGAAGACAGCUGACGAGUCUUCCGCACUUGAAAAAGAUUAUGAGCUUCCAGACGGGAAAGUAAUAACUAUCGGAGACGAGAGGUUCCGUGCUCCAGAGUGUCUGUUCAAGCCAAGAAUGCUGGGCAUGGAAUGUCGAGGGAUUCAUGAGAUGAUCUUUAAAACCUUAAAGAAAUGCGACAUUGACGUGAGGAAAGAUUUUUUCGCCAACUUCAUCCUGUCUGGAGGUUCGACCAUGUUCCCUGGUAUAGCUGAGCGACUGACGAAGGAGCUUAAAAAACUGAUCCCCAAAACUAUGAAAGUGAAGGUGAUUGCUCCACCUGAGCGAAAAUACAGUGUAUGGAUCGGUGGCUCCAUCUUAGCCUCGCUUUCAACUUUCCAAAAAAUGUAUAUCACAAAGCAAGAGUACGAUGAAUUUGGACCUACUAUAGUUCACAGGAAGUGUUUGUGAGGCCAACAGGGUGCUUUUAGGGUCCUCAGGAAGUGAAUACAGGGUCCACAGUAUGUGUACAUGUGUGACACCAACAGGAAUGGUGUUAGAUCCAUAUGUAGUGUGUAAACGGUUGGUUGUUGGUUUGUUGUUUAACGCUGCACUCGACAAUGUUCCAGCUAUAUGGCGGCGGUCUGUAAAUAAAGGAGUCUGGACCAGACAAUCCAGUGAUCAAAAGCAUGGGCAAGAUACGAUGACGCCAUGUUAGCCGGACCACUGGACAGGAUGGGACAAUCCAGUGAUCAAGGUCAUCGAUUUACCCAAAUGGGAUACGAUGACAUAUGUCAACCAGGUCAGCCAGACCACAUGAUCCCGUUAGUCGCCUCUUACAUCAAGCAUGGGUUGCUGAAGACCAAUUCUAACCCGGAUCUUCACGGAUAAGUUUGUACGGCCUUCAGUCAGUGUUUGUACCGUAGUCUGUGAGUGGAAUCCACAAACAGUGCUUUUGAGGUCAACGUGGAGCAUAUGCAAGGUCAACAGGUAGUUAUAUGAUCCACAGGAAGUGUUUGUAAAGGCCGAAGCCAAUGAAGGUUCUAUUUUUUAGGUAAAGUCACAUAUUAAGCGAAAGGUCAUUCCAAUCUGCGAUACUGGCAAGAGUAUUGGGUUUAAAGUAAUCAGGUGUCAUCACGUAUAUCUGUCGGCACGAGUAGGUACAAGCUGUGAAUUCGAGGCACAAACUUGAAAGUCACCCUGACCAGCAUCAUGCUCGAAGUGACGUAGGACCAUAUUAAAACACUCUUUGUGUUGUUGCUCAACAUAUUAAAGUGAUACCGUUUUGUCAUGAUCUAGGCACCUGGACUUCGUUGUAAGAGGAAAUGAUGAGUGAAUCUAUGUCAGUUGCUUAUCACAAUGGCAGACACAGUCUUGAUUUGGAUAUAUUUUAUUCUGUAUAAUUAUACUGUUUACCUCGAUGUAUUGUUUUGUAUGCUCGAAUGGUUCUGUCGUGUGGUGGAUACAAGCGGUAGGUCUGGUGUUUGAUACUUUGGCAACGUCAUACCGAACGGUACUUCUUGUUACUCUGCCUGCCGAUCAGGAUUUAGAGGAUCGAGCAAGGAAUGGUCGGCUGGGAUUGUACUGUGCCUGAAUGGAGAUCCAGUGUUCAAAAGAGGGGCCAUUGUAUCUCAGUGGGCUACGACGGUAAAACAGCCUCACACACACACCUUGCAGGGAAAUAUACAUGAAAUAGUAUUGAACAUAAUGUUAAAACCCCGUACCCGUAUCUCAUCUUCUUGCAUAUUCAUAUGUUCUUAAUUGAGGUUUUUGUUAUAUGUGAAUACCUAUUUGAAGAAUCUAUUUUAUUCAAUAAUAUAUUUAAUAUUUUAAAUAUAAUGUUUGUCUUGCGUUUUAUCUUCAUAAUUGUGAUUAAUGAAUUUGUUUGGGUAAUCCACAACAUGCAUGAUGAAUCGAACUGCCAAAUACAGGUUUUUGUUA